AUGUGGUCCUAUUCCAAAAAUCGCGAUGUCCUAUAUGGCGUCAUAGCGCUUUGCUUGUGCGCGAUAUCUUUCUUCAGUCUUAGUCAGAGGCAGCGAGAUGUAGUCAUUAGGAGGUUACGCUUCCAACGGCGACGACCUUCCUCGGCGCGGACCCCACCACGAUCGCUUUCUCCUGACAAGAAAGUUCCUAGCAACUCCGUGCCCAAAGCGAAUGAAUAUGCAAAAGUCUUUCCUCCUUUACAGCGAGAAGCACUUGCGGAACUCGCAUUUUCUAUGCCAGGUUCACAACGACAAGCGCUCGGCAACCUCGAGUUUGACGAGGUUCUUUUUGAGAAAUCAUUGUUGGGCUGGGAAGAAGACUUCCGAAAAGCAGACGAGUCGAAGUACGUCUAUUCUGGAUUUUCGGUCAAAGAGAUUCGAGCUUUAGGCGACUUCCCGGACCAUGCAACGCUUUCAGGCGUGCCUUUGCCGCAACCACAUCACAAGUUCGAUAUCGACAAAGCAAUGCCUAGACCGUAUCGACCUUUCAGAUGGGCAUAUCAUCAGACCAUGUCUCUAGCGAAGAUGGAUACAGACUAUUGGUUAGAACUGGAGAAGACGUACAGGUCGAGAAUUGUCCAGCGAAGAGCACUGUAUGCUGAACACGGUGAAUCUGUUCUGCAAUCAUUGCCAGGUUCUGAAUUGGCAUGUAAAGAGUUGAUGGAGAUGUCAUUGCAAUUCUUGUGCGCCAGAUAUCCUCAGUACUUCAGUCUGUGUCCAUCCACAUCCGAUCCACGAAAGACUGUAUUUGAGAACAAAAUAUUGAGCACUACACAAGUCGUCCAGGAAAAGCAUCCUCUCCUGGUAUUGUUGGAUAAUGUACCCGAAGACUUUGCCAUUAUGUUGAGAAGACCAAGUGAUGGGUACUAUGUUUUCCGAGCUGGCAUAAUUUGCAGUGCCAUCGGAUGGAAUGUUGGCACCAAGAUUAACAAGCAGUUACACGAGAUUCACGCUCCUAUACCUGACUACAAAGAGAGAAUGCAAUUCUCCAUGGACCGGUAUUUUACGAAGAAACCAACGAACAAGCCAAUCCAAAGGACAUCCUGGGGCUUGGAGGUCGAUGAACCGCUAUACAUGCCACCAGGAGAUCCACAUGAAAAAUACAGGGACUUCCAAUGCCCUGACGUUUCUCUCGAGCGAGUUCAUCUUAGAACUGACCACCAGACUCUUAGGAGACUUCCUCUUAGUGGUGCAGUCGUCUUCAACUUCAAAGCGUUGUUUACACCUGUGACCGAGUUUCGAGACGAACCCUACAUCCCUAGCAUAAUCCUCAAGGUUUGCCAUGAAGGCAAAGAGAACCUUAUGAAGUACAAGAACACCUGGCACGUCGAGCACGUCACUUUGCCAGCUCUGGAAGAAUACGAGCGAGAGCAGAAGCAAAAAGGUCUGAUAGAAGACAACUGGGAAGUGCGAACACUCGAUGAGCACCCUUUUUAUCCUGGCUGGGAGGAAAAGUGGCAUAUACAGCAGGGUUUCUAG